AAAGGGGAGAAGUGAGAGUGAGACGCAAUCCUUGCUGUUUCUGAAUUUUCCCAUUCUUCUCUUUCUCUAAUUAUUGCAUCUUCAAACGUCAUUUUGCCUUUAUUGACUAUUUGGCAGAGGGGUGGGGUUCUUCGAUUGUCCAUUAUUUCAUCAAAAUCUCUGUUUCUGGAAUCUUUUUCUUUUAUCUGGUUAUGGCCCUUAUGGGUUCUGUAUGUCAUUGAGUCUCUUUCGUACUUUCUUUGGCUUUUGAUUGCUAUUCACUUAUUCUCCCUCUUGGCUGAUAUGGGACUGUGAUGAUUGCACCUUUUUUUCUGAAUCUUGAAUGGGAAGUGAGUGAGAAUUGAGUAGUGGGGAGCUUCGGUGUUUGGGAAGUUCAAAGAUUGCAUCUUCAUCAUGUCGUUGAUGAUAAUGGAGUGAGGGAAAAGAUGGCACUUUUGACCAGAGAAAGAGAGUAGAUAAAGAUGGGGAUAGUAAAGCAAAAGAAUGGAGACAAGAUGUUGCCUUUGAUUGACAUUGUUGAUUGUGAUUGUCAAUGAAAGAGAAAUUUCCUUGCCCUUUUUCUUUUCCGCACGCUUCUUGUUCACGAGAGGUGAUGCGUCUUCCUCAAUUGUAGACUUCUUUUUGAUUCCUUAUCUUGGCUUCUUUGGAAUAACUUGAGUGAAGGAUCUUUGGUGGAUUUUCAUUUUGUGUGGUGUGGUAUUGGCAAAAGGGUAUUUGAAAAUGCUGGUGGAUCAGCCAUCUACUCGGAGAAGGGAAGCUGAUUUGAAGGUUGAUGGGCAAGUUCUGGAUGUGGAAACUGCAGUCAAAGAUGGCAUCUUGGGCGGCGUUGGCGGCGGAUUUGGUGGAGGGUUUGCUUCGGAGAAAUUGGAUCUGAAGCAAAUGAUAGAAGAGCUCGAAUCCGUUGAAGUCCCAACAGUCUUCAUUUGUCCAAUCUCUCUGGAGCCGAUGCAAGAUCCAGUGACUCUCUCUACCGGGCAGACCUACGAGAGAUCCAACAUUCUGAAAUGGUUCUCUUUAGGCCACUGCACUUGCCCCACUACAAUGCAGGAGCUCUGGGAUGAUUCAGUGACGCCAAACAAGACGCUUCAGCAGCUGAUUUACAGCUGGUUCUCUCAGAUAUAUCUUGCCUCGAAGAAGAGAUCAGAGGAUGUGCAGGGAAGGGUGAAGGAGAUUUUGGAGACCUUGAAGAAGGUUAAAGGUCAAGCUCGAAUUCAAGCCCUCAAGGAGCUAAGGCAGGUUGUUAAUGCUCAUUCAACAGCUAAGAAGACAGUUGUCAACAAUGGAGGUAUUGCCUUGAUUUCUUCUUUGUUGGGUCCUUUUACCACACAUGCUGUUGGGUCUGAGGCCAUUGGGAUUUUGUCAAACUUGGAUCUUGAUUCGAGUUCAAAAUCCCAUUUGAUGCAACCUGCUAAAAUAUCAUUAAUGGUGGAUAUGUUGAAUGAGGGAUCAAUAGAUACCAAAAUUAACUGCUCUAAAUUGAUUGAAAUUUUGGUAGAAGGGGACGAUUUCAGUGCUGAAAAAGUAGCUAGCUUGAGUCUGUUGGUUGGGUUACUGAGGUUAGUGAAGGAUAAGAGACACUUGAAUGGAAUAUUGGCUGGCUUGCGUUUGCUCAAAACAGUUUGUUCUCAUGAAUCAGUUAGAAGCUCAUUUGUGAGUGUUGGGGGAGUUCCUCAACUGGUUGUGCUCUUGCCCAGUUUGAACAAUGAGUGCUUGGAAUUAGCCCUUUAUGUGUUGGAGGCUGUAUCAACGGCCCCAGAGGGGAAAUUGGCAUUGAAAGAUUGCCCAAAUACAGUACCAAAUGUGGUGAAACUCUUGAUGAAGGUCUCUGAAAACUGCACUCAGUUAGCACUGUCGAUUUUGUUGGCAGUUUUCAAUCUCGCACCGGAAGAAUGUGCUUCACUUGCCAUGGAUGCAGGCCUGGCAGCAAAGCUGCUUCUAGUAAUACAGAGUGGUUGCAAUCUUGUGUUAAAGCAGCGGUCAGCUGAGUUGUUGAAAUUAUGUAGCCUGAAUUACACGGCAACAAUCUUCAUGUCCAAGUGUAAACUUACGAGAACAAUACAGUGAAGGAACAGAAAAUGGCAGUCUGUUGAUAUAUAGUUGAUAUCUCACUUUUACUCCUGAGUCCUGUCUAGAGGAGUGAGCAGCUUCAGUUUUGGGCUAAACAAGAUGGAGACUGCCAGCAUCUCCGAGGUACCCUUUCUCUCAUGUGCAUAUUAGAGAACUUCCAUUCGAUCAGCUGUUCCUUUGAAAGAAGCUGCAUGGUGUGGAUAUGAACUAAUUGUAAAUAGCUGUGUUACUAAUACCCUGUCUAUAAGAUAGGUUUGGGUCAACUGGUCAAACCUCUGAAAUAAUCCCUUAUUCCCUUUUGGUUGUAGAGUGACCCUAUGCUAAACUGCAGUUGCUGGAGUUUACAAGAGAGAAAUGUACCCUUAAAAUGUGUUUUAUGUGGUUAGUUGAAUGGAGAUUUGGCACCCAUAAUAGGACAGGAUGUGGAGAGGAUGAGUUGGUUUGUGAGUGUUGUUAUUUAAUGGAUUACCCUAUCUUCACUGAUCCUGAAAUCUCCUGUCACUGCUAGGCAGGUUCUUGCAGGUGACUUGGGUUGUUUGAAAGAAGUUUUGGAUUUUACAGUGUAGAUGUCUUUGUAGAGCCUUUGGCUAUGGAGUAGACAUGCAUCAAGAGCAUCCAUUUGUAUUCUUCACAUGAUUAACUAUUUGGAUUAGUAUGGAAUUUGUUUAUGUUUCAUAUCUCUGUCCUGCAUCCCUUUCUUUUUCUUUUUUUUUUUUUGAAGUAUUUUGUUCACAGACGCAUUUUCUCAAACACUCUCCUUUCUGUAGCACAAAAGAGAGCCCUUCUGUCGUUUGUAGGAAAUAAGGCCCUCUUCAAGUG